AUGAAAACCCCAUUCACCAAAAUAUCACGAAGAUUUUAUUAUUACUCAAACGAACAGUUGAAUAACGUUGCUAUAAAUUUCGACCGUAACGAUGUCCAGCGCAAAACUAAAAAGAAACUUAACUUACAGUUUGAUCCAAACUACAAGCUGUUAAAUUUACCGUAUACAUCGAAGUCAAUCCCCGCUUUGGCUUCUGAGGAUUCUACGAAUGUCAUCAAAUCAGUCGCUAAGUCGGCUUUGGCCUGCCAUCCUCGACCUGAUAUAUCGCAUAUUCCAUUUGAGGUCAAACCUAAAACUGAAAUUGCUAAGAAGUCUUCAGUUCUACAACGCGUGUUACAGGACGAGAGUCCGAAUUUGAAACAACUGUGCGCUCCGUAUUUGGCACUUACAAAACCUCAACUGACAUUCCUUAUCAUGUUAUCAUCCAUAUGUUCGUAUGCUUUAGCUCCUAAUUCUACAAGUUUGUCAGAAUUUGUUUGCUUAACUCUAGGGACGCUAAUGGCUUCUGGAAGCGCUAAUGCUAUCAACAUGGGAAGAGAACCCGAAUUCGAUAGGCUGAUGAUAAGAACGCAAGCUCGUCCUGUUGUCAAUGGAUCUGUUACACCUAAUGAGGCCUUCAUCUUUGCAUCGAUGACUGGCUUGCUUGGUUGCACAAUUCUAUAUUAUGGAGUUAAUCCAAUAGUUGCUGCAUUGGGACUCACCAAUAUUGUCCUCUACUCAUGGAUCUACACGUCUUUGAAAAGGGUGUCAAUCCUGAACACUUGGGUUGGUGCAGUUGUGGGGGCUAUCCCGCCCUUAAUGGGAUGGGCCGCAUGUUCAAGUUUGAGUGAUCCAGGCGCAUGGUGUUUGGCUUUACUGUUGUACGCAUGGCAAUUCCCGCACUUCAACUCCCUAAGUCAUAACAUUCGUGAUGAAUAUAAGCGUGCAGGUUAUGUCAUGGCCGCUUAUGAGAAUCCAAAAUUGAACGCCAGAGUUUCCUUAAGGUACUCAAUACUGAUGUUUCUGAUUUGUUUUGGAUUGUGCUACUACAACGUGACCGAUCCACUGUUUAUGCUUGACUCUAGUGUUUUGAAUGGAUGGAUGGCAUACAUGUCCUUCAGAUUUUGGUGGCAACAACGUUUGAACUACUCGCGUAAAGUUCAAGAAAGCGGCGGCCCAUCUCAAAAAGCUAUCGAUUUAGCCAACUAUUAUGCUAAGAAGACUUUUUGGAGCUCUAUAUGGCAACUGCCUGUGGUAUUGGUCUUGGCAAUGCUUCACAAAAAAGGACAGUGGGAUAGAUUUUUCCAAAGCGAAGAAAGACAUUUAACAGCUUGA